CUCCAGUUGAGCGGUGCUGUGAGCAAAGUUCAACGUUGCUGCUGCUACCCUUGACAACCUUGAAAAACACCACAGCGAUGGCCAGCAAGGGCUUGCCUGACCUGAAGAAGCAAGUGGAGGGAGCUGCUCAGGAAGCGGCGACGGCAGCAGGAGCAGCGGCUCAGCAAGUGAUGGAUCAAGCCGCAGAGGCAGGACAGAAAGCCAUGGACCACGUGGUCAAAUCUACGCAGGAAACGGUCGACAAGACUGCUAACCAGGCCUCUGAGAGUAUCUCUGGUUUCGGGAAAAAAUUCGGCCUCUCGAAAUGACAGAAGAGAGACAUGGGUGACUCCCCUCCAGGCAUGACCUCCGGGCAUCGGUCGCCCCGUGGCUUGCCGCCUCAUUAAAGCACAUACUCCUACCCCGCGGCCGUCGAGCCUCCUCAUUCGCGGGACUCAGCCCUCCCGCCAAGAGCAGGGCCCGGAAUCCAAAGCCCGGCCCCGCGCGCAAAACAUGCCUCUAUUUAAAAAAUAAAAAAAAAAAUUAAAAAUUAAAAAAUAAAAAAAAA